AUGGUCGCGACAUCGGCACCACCUCCAUCACCCAAGGAAGAAGCGGACACAUUAAAACGGUUUUUCCUUCACGAGAAAGUGCGCUCCAAAAAGGUUAAUUCUGCGCUAUUUUCAGUCGGAAACAUCCCCUACCAAACCACCGAGGACGCCAUCGGAAACUACUUCAGUCAAGCCGGAAAUGUCACCAACGUCCGAAUCGUUUACGAUCGUGAAACCGGACGACCAAAGGGAUUCGGCUUCUGUGAGUUCUCCGAUGAAGCUGGAGCACAAAAUGCCGUCAAUACUCUCAAUGGUGCUGACUUCAAUGGACGAUCCUUGAGAGUGAACUGGGCCAACAAGAACUAA